AUGGAUCUCAAGUCAAUUAAAGAAUACUUUAAAGUUGACUCAACGCAAGAUUUUGCGUUGAGGAGACAGACGAGGAAUCGGAGGAUUACAUUAGCCUUGUUGAUCGCUCUCCUUAUCAUCAUCGGCGGCUGCAUCGGCGCCUUUGCUCAUAGCCGGAAAAACAACUCGAAACCGAGUUCAACUCCGGAGUUGACUCCUGCUGCGUCACUGAAAAGUGUGUGCAGCGUUACUCAGUUUCCUGAUGCUUGUAUAUCAAGCAUCUCUAAGAUCCCGUCUUCUUCAAACACGACGGAUCCGGAGAGUCUAUUCAAGCUCUCCUUAAAGGUGGUCGUCGACGAGCUCGGUUCCAUAUCCGGUUUACCGAAGACGCUCUCUGAUGCGUCAAACGACGAGCGAGUGAAAUCGGCGCUAGGUGUCUGCGGUGAUCUCAUCCAAGACUCGAUAGAUCAGCUCGUCGACACGGUGGCCGCCCUGGAAGAAGGAGGAGACGUGAAGACGAUCCUAAACGCCAAGAAGCUUGAAGAUGUGAAAACGUGGCUCUCCGCCGCGUUGACAUUUCAUGAGACUUGUUUUGAUACCCUGGAUGAGGUCGAAACAGAGUACACCGAGUCGCUGACUCUGAAAUCGGCGAUGAAAAACUCCACGGAGUAUACAAGCAACAGUUUAGCGAUUGUUGCGAAGGUGCUCUCUUUUGGUGUCCCGCAGAGACGUCUACUCAAUUCCCAUCCGAGUUGGGUUAGACCAACGGUGAGGCGGUUACUUGAAGAGAAGAGAAAAACUCCGGAUAUUACGGUGGCCGCAGAUGGCUCUGGCGACGUGAAGACAAUCACCGAGGCCGUGGCUAAAAUUCCGAGCAAGAGCAAAACGAGGUUUCACAUAUACGUCAAGUCAGGAACCUAUUUGGAGAAUGUGGUUUUGGAUAAAUCCAAAUGGAACGUCAUGAUGUAUGGCGACGGGAAUACCGAAACCAUUAUCUCCGGUAGCAAAAGCAACGGCACCGGGAGUCUUACCUUUCUAUCCGCCACGUUUGCGGUCCAAGGGGAAGGAUUCAUAAUGAAAGACAUUGGAAUCAUAAACACCGCCGGACCAAAGAACGGGCAAGCGGUGGCGCUCAAAUCGGGAUCCGAUUUCUCUGUCUUUUACCGAUGUUCGUUCGAAGGUUACCAAGACACGCUCUACCCUCACUCCCACCGUCAGUUCUACCGCGACUGUGACAUCACAGGGACCGUCGAUUUCAUCUUCGGAAACGCAGCGGUGGUCUUCCAAGGCUGUAAUAUCCGACCACGUCAGCCACUCCCUGGCCAGUUCAACACUAUCACCGCACAAGGCAAAACUGAUACGAACCAGAACACUGGAAUCUCGAUCCAGUAUUGCACCAUCUCAGGAGCCAAUGGAGAUGUAACCGCUGCGACGUAUCUCGGUCGUCCGUGGAAAAAGUACUCGAAGACGGUGGUUAUGCAGUCGAAGAUUGGGUCGGUCGUGAGCCCCGCCGGGUGGACUCCGUGGGGAUCCGAGGACCCUCCUUCGACUAUAUUUUAUGGAGAGUACAAGAAUUCGGGUCCUGGGUCGGAUCUAACUCAGAGGGUUAAGUGGGUCGGGUAUACACCUGUUAUGACUGAUAUUGACGUAUGGCAUGUUAUGGUUUAUAACUUUAUCCAAGGAAUGGAGUGGAUAGAGGCGACGGGAGUGCCGUUUGAUCCAAAGUAA